AUGCAGGUCCGCCACAGAAACACAGUCGAUCGCCUCGACAGGCCGAGCGCAUACUACCACAACAAGGCCUCCCAGAACAAGCGCAGAAGACCAGACCACCGCGACGCCCGCGACGCCGAAGACGAGGCUGCCUCCAAGAAUGAGCCCCUUCCCGAGGACCCCCUCGCGAACGCUACGACACUCUAUGUCGGCAACCUCUCGUUCUACACCACUGAGGAGCAGGUCUACGAGCUUUUCUCCAAGUGUGGCGAGAUCAAGCGUCUCGUCAUGGGCCUCGACCGCUUCAACAAGACUCCCUGCGGCUUUUGCUUUGUCGAGUACUAUACUCACCAGGACGCCCUCGACUGCAUGAAGUACAUUGGCGGCACCAAGCUCGACGAGCGCGUCAUCCGUACCGACCUCGACCCUGGCUUUGAGGAGGGGCGGCAGUACGGCCGCGGCAAGAGCGGAGGCCAAGUGCGCGACGAGUACCGCGAGGACUACGACGAGGGACGCGGCGGUCUGGGCAGGGCGAUUCAGAUGCAAAGGGAUCGGGACGACCGGAUGGGCGACUACGAAGAGGCGCGAUGA